GAAAUAGAAGAAAGACAUACAAAAAACAAAUUAGUAGUUGAGAAAAUCAAAUCCCGUGAAGAAAAAAAGCAUUUGCUGCCAAUUAUUCAAAGAGAAAUUAAGAUUAGAGAAACUUUACGAGAAAACAAGCAAAAAUUAGAGAACGAUACCGAUGACAAAACUUCCUAUUUAUAA